GGGCUCCUGGGGGCGGGCAGCCCCCUGCCCUUCCCGUCGCUUCCAGGGACAAGUGGCACCAAGGAGGAGCAGGCAAUUCCAGAGAAGACCCCGAGUGGGCCCUUGGGACCCCAGAUCCUUCAGGACAACCUCACACUCAGCCUAGCAGAGGUGCUUCAGACCAGCCUGCCUGAGACUUUACGGAUCAAAUUGGAAUUGGAUGGUGAGAGUCAUAUCCUGGAGCUGCUACAGAAUAGGGAGCUAGUGCCAGGCCACCCAACCCUGGUGUGGUACCAACCUGAUGGUACCAGGGUAGUCAGUGAGGGACACACUCUGGAGAACUGCUGCUACCAGGGCGGAGUGCAGGGCCAUGCAGACUCCUGGGCCUCCGUCUGCACCUGCUCCGGGCUCAGGGGCUUGGUGAUCCUGUCCCCAGAGAAAAGCUAUACCCUGGAGCUGAGGCCUGGGGACCUUCAGGGUCCUCCCAUGGUCUCCCGGAUCCAGGAUCUCCCCAUGCCGGGCCACACUUGCACCCUGAGCUGGCGUGAACCGAUGUCCACUCAGGCUCCACCAGAGCGCCCCCUGGGACAGCAUCAUAUCCGCCGGUGGAGGCGGGAUGUGGUGACAGAGACCAAGAUUAUUGAGCUAAUGAUUGUAGCUGAUCAUUCGGAGGUCCAGAGGUACCCAGACUUCCAGUACCUGCUGAACCGCACACUGGAAGCGGUCCACCUCCUGGACACGUUCUUCCGGCCCCUGAAUGUACGAGUGGCGCUAGUGGGCCUGGAGGCUUGGACGCAUCAAGACCUGAUAGAGAUAAGCCAAGACCCAGGUGUCACGCUAGACAACUUCCUCCACUGGCGCCGGACCAACUUACUGCCUCGUUUGCCCCACGACAGUGCCCAGCUGGUGACAGCUACUUCAUUCUCUGGGCCCAUGGUGGGCAUGGCCAUUCAGAACUCCAUCUGUUCUCCUGACUACUCGGGAGGUGUGAACAUGGACCACUCCAUAAGCAUCCUGGGAGUUGCCUCCUCGAUAGCCCAUGAGUUGGGCCACAGCCUGGGCCUGGACCAUGACCCACCUGGGAACAGCUGCCCCUGUCCAGGCCCAGCCCCAGCCAAGAGCUGCAUCAUGGAGGCCUCCACAGACUUCCUGCCCGGCCUGAACUUCAGCAACUGCAGCCGCCAGGCCCUGGAGAAAGCCCUCCUGGAUGGGAUGGGCAGCUGCCUCUUUGAACAACUGCCCCGCCUGCGCUCCAUGGCUACUGUCCGUGGAAAUAAGAUUGUGGAGCUGAGCAAGCAGUACAACUGUGACUUCCCAGAUGACUGCACCGAUCCCUGCUGUGAUUACUUCACCUGCCAGCUGAGGCCAGGGGCACAGUGUGCAUCCGAUGGACCCUGUUGUCACAACUGCCAGCUGCGCCCAGCUGGCUGGCAGUGCCGUCCGAAGAGAGGUGACUGUGACUUGCCCGAAUUCUGCCCAGGAGACAGCUCCCAGUGCCCUCCUGAUAUCAGUCUGGGGGAUGGCGAGCCGUGCGAUGGUGGACAGGCUGUGUGCAUGCGAGGGCGUUGUGCUUCCUAUGCCCAACAGUGCCAGGCUCUCUGGGGGCCUGGGGCCCAGCCCGCCGCACCCCCUUGCCUCCUCACUGCCAAUACUCGGGGGGAUGCCUUUGGGAACUGUGGGCGCAGUCCUACUGGCAGCUACCUGUCCUGUGACCCUAGAGAUGCCAUUUGCGGGCAGCUCCAGUGCCAGGGGGGCAUGGCCCAGCCUCUGCUGGGCUCAGCCCUGGAUCUGCACUGGGAGAUACUAGAAGCCAACGGGACCCACCUGAAUUGCAGCUGGGUACACCUGGACCUGGGCAACGACGUCGCCCAGCCCCUCCUGACUCUACCUGGCACAGCCUGUGGCCCUGGCCUGGUGUGCAUUGACCGUCGAUGCCAGCCUCUGGCUCUCCUGGGAGCACAGGAAUGCCGAAGCAAGUGCAAUGGGCACGGGGUCUGCGACAGCAACAGGCUCUGCCACUGUGAGGAGGGCUGGGCACCCCCUGACUGCCGUGCCCGGAUCCGAGCCUCCAGGUCCCUGACCACAGGGCUGCUCCUCAGCCUCCUGUUGCUGCUGAUCUUGGUGCUGCUUGGUGCCAGCUACUGGUAUCGUGCCCGCUUGCGACAGCGACUCUGCCAGCUCAAGGGACCCAGCUGCCAAUACAGGGCAGCUCAGCCUGGUCCCCCAGAACGCCCAGGACCCCCGCAGAGGGCCCUGCUGAUGCCAGGUGUCAAGCAGGCUAGUGCUCUUGGCUUCCCGGCACCCCCUUCAAGGCCACUGCCUCCUGACCCUGUGCCCAAGAAACUCCAGGCUGUGCUGGCUGACCGACCUAAUCCCCCCACCCGCCCUCUGCCCGCUGACCCGGUGGUGAGGCACCCGAAGUCUCAGGGGCCUGCCAAGCCCCCACCCCCGAGGAAGCCACUCCCUGCAGACCCCCAGGGCCUGUGUCCUUCAAGUGACCAGCCUGGUCCAGGAGCUGGAAUCCCGCCCCUAGUGGUACCUUCCAGGCCUGCACCGCCGCCCCCAGCUGUGUCCUCCCUCUACCUCUGACCUCUUCUGAAGUUCCACCUGCCUCCAACCCAGCUUAGGACUUAAAGAGGCGUGGGCCGGUCCCCUGCAGUACCCUCCACACACCCCGCGGUGACGGAAGGAGCCAGAGCCUGGAUGCCAAGGAGCAGGCCUCUUAAGACACCCCACGAGCUGUCGAGCUGCACCCUGGGGACCUGCGCACGCAGUUGCAGAUGGGGUUAGGCAAAUCUGGGCGCUGGGCCUGGCUGAGGGAGGUGCGCACAGUCUCUCUGCUCAGUUGUAAUAAACGGAAGAUUUUAGGA